CCUAACCAUUUACUCUUCCCACAGGCCCUCAAACGCCGCGAGUAGAGCGAAGGGCCGCUCGGUGAGGGAGGACGCUUGACGUCGUUUUCUUCUCCCUCCGUCUCUCGGAGCAAAGCGAUCGAUUCUCUUCGUUGGACGCUGGUUUUCAUACUUGGGGAGGAUGGGGGACUACAACGAUGCCCUGAAUCGCAACAAUCCCCAGGCCCGCACCAAAGCUCAGAACCGAGCCAAUGUUCUCCAGAUGAAGCUUAUUGGGCAAAGUCAUUCAACUGGUCUUACUGCUAAUCUAUUGAAGCUUUUUGAGCCACGCCCUCAGUUGGAGUAUAAACCUCCUCCAGAGAAAAGGAGAUGUCCUCCCUACACAGGGAUGGCACAAUUUGUUAGCAAGUUUGCUGAGCCAACUGAUCCUGAAUAUUCUCCACCAAUUGUUGAGGGUGAAAGUCGGGUCCAAAGAAGAGCUAGAAUUCGAAAACUACGCCUUGAGGAUGGUGCAAGAAAGGUUGCUGAAGAGUUGGAGAAAUAUGAUCCAUCUAAAGAUCCAAAUGCUACGGGUGAUCCAUACAAGACGCUUUUUGUUGCCAGGCUUAACUAUGAGACAACUGAACACCGGAUCAAGCGGGAGUUUGAAACUUAUGGACCAAUUAAGAGGGUACGUUUGGUUACAGAUAAGGAAACAAAUAAACCAAGAGGAUAUGGCUUUGUUGAAUAUGUGCAUACACGUGACAUGAAAACUGCAUACAAGCAAGCUGAUGGAAAGAAGCUUGAUAACAGACGAGUUCUUGUGGAUGUUGAGCGGGGAAGAACUGUGCCAAAUUGGAGGCCUCGAAGGUUGGGUGGUGGACUUGGUACAACUAGGACUGGAGGUGAAGAAUUUACCCAGAAGCAUUCUGUCAGGGAACAUCAACAACUUGCUUCAGGUCAGUCUAGAUCAGAGGAGCCAAGGGCAAGGGAUGAUCGGCUUCUGGAUCGGGAGAAGUCUCGUGAAAGGGGGCGAGAUCGGGAGAGAGAAGAGAGACCUCGUGAGCGUUCCCAUGAAAGGGCCCGGGAGCCUAGAGAGGAUAGGCACCACCAUCACAGGGACCGAGAUAGAAACAAAGAAAGGGAGAGAGAUAGGGAAAAGGAUAGAGAUAGAGAUAGAGAGAAAGAUCGUGGUCGAGACCGUGACCAUGACCGUGAUCGAGCUCGUGGUAGGGACAAGGAAAGGAACCAUGGUCGUGACUAUGACCGUGAGCGUGAACGUGAUCGUCCACGUGAUAGGGAUCGAGAACGAGAAAGAGACUAUGAUCAAGCUGGUUAUGAAAGAGAAGGUGGUGGUUAUAUUCAUGACAAGGAUUCUGAAUAUGGCAGUCAGUCAAAGCAUGGCAGGGAGAGGUCUGGCACAAGGGAGAGAAAUGUUGAACAUGACAAUGGCCAAGAAUGGUACGAAGGAUUAAGAAAUCAGUAUGAUGAGCCAAAGGGCCAGAAACACUAUGAUCAUCCUCCGCCACAUGACCUUGCAGAACAGACUGAGCGAUCAAAGCAACGCCAAGAUUAUUAUGAGCAUAGGUCCUACGAUCGGCUUCAGCCUGAUUAUUUUCAAAAUCAGCAUGGGUAUGCAGAUCUAGAUCAACGUGAGGAGGGUGAGGCAGUAGGAGAUGAUUAUGGAUACCAUCAUUCUGAAAGGUCCUUGUCAAGGGAGCGACAAGGUUGAUACUGGAUUUGAUGAGUUCUGUUGCAUUUACGAGGAUGCUGUAUCAUGAAUUGAUCUGACUCCUCCCUUUCUACUGAGUAACGUGGUUGCACCUUCCAAAGUAUAAUCGGUGUUCGACCUCAGUAAUUACGUUGGAAGCGAACUGGUGUUUUGGUAUGUUCCAACUAGUGAACUGUUUGGAUUUGUUGAUGUUGUAUUGAAUCUUGGGAACUCGUUUCUUUUGCUACUAUUUUAUUCUGACAGCCUUGAUAUGUGAAUCAUUAAACCUGUUGGACUCGUCUUUAUGUCAGCGUGUGACCUGUGCUUUUAUCACAGAAUAAAUUACAUAAUGAAUCUGAUGGCAUUUUAGAUUUCA